CGUGUUGCCUUGAAAAGUUACACAGUGGAUUGCACUGAUUAUAAUGAUUGAUUUUCCCAGUCACUCACGCAACUACAACAACCUUAAACAACUACACCCCACCGCCCCCUCCCAACAGAUAUAUACGUACAUGCAUCUCGUAUUUAUACACAUCUCUCUCUUGAAUAUUGCAGCUACCGCAUUUUUCCACAUCGAAACAAAACAAUAUAUACGACGCUUGUGUGUGAGAGAGAAACGAGGCGCCCCACUCUACCUUCCAAUCUCUCUCUCUCUCUCUCUACAUACGCUUCAUAAUUAGACGCUAAAAUGUCAAUAAACCACUUCUCUACAGAGCUUCCAGAAGCCCACUGGUGGUCACACUAUACAAUGGAUCAUUCAGCACCUGCCAAAACCUCAUCCCCUUACCAGAAACCCUGCAUCUCUACCACCGCUAAUUCGCACAAUUCCGCCGCCGCAUUCUACCGCGCCGCGCCAAUGUUCUGCAGCCCCGCCCCCGCCUUCGACCUCAACAAUGAAGACGACGAGGAGUCGGCGGACGAGCACGCCUCGUCCACAUCGGACCACGAAAUCCCCAAGGACCGCCUCUUCGAGAAGCCGCUCACGCCCAGCGACGUCGGCAAGCUCAACCGCCUCGUCAUACCCAAGCAGCACGCCGAGAAGCAUUUCCCCUUGAACGCCAGCGGCGAGUCCGGCGAGAACGGCUUGCUGCUAGGCUUUGAGGACGAGUUGGGCAAAUCCUGGCGCUUCCGCUAUUCUUAUUGGAACAGUAGCCAGAGCUACGUUCUCACCAAGGGCUGGAGCCGCUUCGUCAAGGAGAAGCGCCUCGACGCCGGCGAUAUUGUCGUCUUCGCGCGCCACCGCGUCGACGCCGGCCGCCUCUUCAUUGGCUGGAGGCGGAGGACCGUCGCCGGCCUGGACGCCGCCGCUGCUCAGCCGGUCGCUAGCGGCUCCGGCGGUGCGUGGAGUAGGGUGAUUUAUCCAGGUCAUCCUUAUCAAAUCCAACAACAGCCGCCCUCUAAUUCUCUGCAUUUCCAAUCUGAAGGUGUUCAUGCAGGGUAUCAUCAGAAGCAGACAUCAUCUGCAGGGAGUGGGAAUUCCAAGACGCUGAGGUUGUUCGGAGUGAACUUGGAGUGCCAAGCUGACGAAUCAGAGGCGUCGACGCCGCUUGGGUCGCCGAUGUCGAGCCAGGGUCAAGCCCCCUAUCAUCAUCAACAAUAUCACUAUUAUUCAAAUAAUCACAUGGAUAUCAGUUUCUCAGGAGCAGAUGUAUAUCGGCAAGGAUAAGAUCUCGACGAUGUGACGUCCGAUAUUUGACAUUUCUCACAACAAAAUUUGGAAAAGGAAAAAGAAAAAAGAAAAGAGAGAGAGAUGGAGAAAAAAAGAAAAGAAAAAGAUACACUUACAUCCCAGAUUUCCUUCUCUCACUAGAAAUCCUCAUAAGCCCCGGGGGGAGAUGAGGGAUUGGAGGGGGUCCCACUACUCCCACACACAGAGAUAGUAUUAUGUAUGGUGGUUGCAAUCAAGGAAAUGCAGAGUAUGGAUGGGUUGCAAUCGAUUGUGGGAAUUUGGCUACUGUAGUGAUUCUGCCUCCAGAUUUUUCAUCAUGAUUACUUUUGGAAAUGGAUGGAUAUGGGUGUGGGUGGCAAAGUGGGAAGAGGAGAGCCCCUUAUUCAGCUUCAACAUCUAUUAACAUUAUUAAAUUAAAUUUAAACUCCACUGCCCUCUGCCAUAACUUCAUACCUUUUUUCUUUUUUGGAACGAGAUUUAUGUAUUUUGGUCAGCCUAUGUAAUUGUGUAAUUAUUUAUAGAAAACUAAAAUAGAAACCUAGAACUAGAAUCUAAUAUCAAACCUUUCCUAUUUUCCAA